AUGAUCAAGUCCGCACUUGCACUCGUCUUCAUCCAGGCUGUGGUCUCGCGCUCAACUCCCGAUGUCGGGACUGACAAUGCUCAAGCUCCUCUUGGCUCUCCUCUUGACUUUGUACCCCGGCCAACUCUACCUCUCUCACCCCCAUCCGCCCCUCCUCUCGCUUUCGUGAACGCUGACUCAAAAGAGCCCCAGUCAUGGCUUGCCAAGUACGGCAAACAAGCUGACCUAGGCUACACCGGCCCUCUCGCGUUCUCUCACCUGGAAUACGCGAGAUGUCUCGAGGACCAGUCGGUGGACUACGAUGUUGCGAUUCUGGGUAUGCCUUUCGAUACCGCGACAUCUUUCAGACCCGGCGCAAGGUUUGGACCGCACGGAAUCCGGUUGGGAUCGAGGAGGCAACAUGGACAGAGGGCAUAUUCGUUGGCCUGGGGCAUGGACCCGUACGCCGGAAUUAAGGUCAUGGAUUGUGGCGACAUUCCGCUGAGCGCGUACGACAACCUGCUCGCGUUGGAUCAAAUGGAGGUCGCGUAUGACACCCUCCUCGCACGUCCUGUGGCGAAGGGUGGCGACCUCGUCCCCAACAGGCCUAUACUGGCCAAGGACGGUGCGGUUCAUCCGAAAGUGAUCACUCUCGGAGGUGAUCACACCAUCGUUCUCCCCAUCCUUCGUUCCCUCUACAAAGUCUACGGUCCUGUCUCCGUUAUUCACUUUGAUGCGCAUCUCGAUACCUGGGGCAGUCUCCCAGUCCCUGGAGCACCCAAAGAUUCCGUCACCCACGGAAGUUUCUUCUAUGUGGCGCAUGAGGAGGGCCUCCUGCUGAAUGACACUAGCAUCCAUGCCGGCAUUCGUUGCAAAAUGCUGAGCGAAGCCGACGUAGAGAACGAUGAGAACGUCGGUUUCACGAUCGUUUCCGCAGAAGAUGUAGACGACCUGGGUGUUCCGGAGGUCAUCAAACGGAUCCGUGAGCGCGUCGGUGAUACUCCUGUUUACCUCACCCUGGACAUCGACGUCGUUGACCCCGGUAUUGCACCUGCGACCGGUACACCUGAGAUUGGAGGCUUGACCACCCGUGAAGUCAAGCGUAUCAUCCGUGGCCUUGCUGGUCUUAACUUCGUCGGCGCAGAUGUCGUGGAAGUCGCACCCGCCUACGAUCAUGCCGACAUCACGAACAUCGCCGCCGCCGAUAUCAUCCACGACUUCUUGGGCGCAAUGACAUCCUCUGAGCCACCAAAGCCUCGCGACGAGCGUAAGAAGAUGAAGGCCAAGGCUGAGCUUUAGAGCUGCUCGUCCUCCGUGUGAUGAGACGAGACGCAGAAUAUUACGAUUAAUGCUGUCGAGACAUACAAAAACAAUGCAGCACAAGCUUCUUCC